AAAAAAAUUCCUACCUUCUUUUCUGCCCUUGAUUAAUCAUGUCCCAUCAUUCUUCUUCCUACGGCGGUGGCAGCAACGGCGGCUACUCUUCAAGCUAUGGAGGUGGCGGUUCCUCAUACUCUUCAAACAAAGAUAGAGGAAAUGACCGAUCUUACGAUAGCUCAUCUCGCAGAGAUCGCAAGCCUUACGAACACUCCUCUUCUCACUACGGACGUGAUCGUGAGCGCGAUGCUGGCGGUGAUCGCCACGGUGGCUCAUACUCAUCAGGAAAUUACUCAUCUCACGGCUCUGGAUACGGUGGUGGUAGCUCUGCUCCUUCUUAUGGCGGUGGUAACUCUUACGGAGGAGGAGGCUCAUAUGGAGGUUCCAACUCCUAUGGAGGCUCUAACUCUUAUGGCGGUGGCUCCUAUGGCGGCGGCGGUGACAGAAUGAGCAAUCUUGGCAACACUUUGACUGCUCCUAAAUGGGACUUGAACACUAUGCCCAAGUUCGAAAAGAACUUCUACGUUGAACAUCCCAAUGUUGCUGCACGCACAGAGCAAGAAGUCACCGAUAUCCGCAAUUCUUUCGAUAUGAAACUAUUCGGUGACAACGUUCCAAAGCCUGUUACUUCAUUCGAAGAAGCUGGUUUUCCAAGCUAUGUUCUUAAGGAAGUGUUGGAACUUGGUUUCACAGCACCAACUGCUAUUCAAGCUCAAGGUUGGCCAAUGGCCCUCUCUGGUCGUGAUGUUGUCGGUGUAGCAGAGACUGGUUCUGGUAAAACUCUUGCCUACUGUUUGCCUUCCAUCGUUCACAUCAAUGCCCAGCCUUUCUUGGAACCUGGCGAUGGCCCCAUCGUUCUUAUCUUGGCUCCUACUAGAGAACUUGCUGUCCAAAUUCAACAGGAAUGUACCAAAUUUGGCAAGACUUCUCGCAUCAAGAAUACUUGUAUUUAUGGUGGUGUCUCCCGAGGACCUCAAAUCAGAGAUCUUCAGCGUGGUGUGGAAAUUUGCAUUGCCACUCCUGGACGUUUGAUCGAUAUGUUGGAAAGCGGCAAGACUAACCUGCGCCGUGUCACAUACCUUGUUCUUGAUGAAGCUGAUCGUAUGCUUGAUAUGGGUUUCGAACCUCAAAUUCGCAAGAUCGUUGAUCAAAUUCGACCCGAUAGACAAACUCUUAUGUGGAGUGCCACCUGGCCAAAGGAAGUCCAGCGUCUUGCUGUGGACUACCUCAACAGCUAUAUUCAAGUCACCGUUGGAUCUCUUAACCUCUCCGCUUCCCACAACGUUAGCCAGCUUAUUGAAAUUUGUACAGAACCUGAGAAGCGUGGAAAGCUUAUCAAGCAUCUUGAGCGUAUUCUCGAUCAACCUCAAAACAAGACAUUGAUCUUCACUGGCACCAAGCGCACAGCUGAUGAUAUUACCAGAUUUUUGCGACAAGACGGUUUCCCAGCAUUGGCUAUCCAUGGUGACAAGGCACAAAGUGAGCGUGAUUGGGUUCUCAGCGAAUUCCGUUCCUCAAGAUCACCUAUCAUGGUUGCCACUGAUGUUGCCUCCAGAGGUUUAGAUGUCAAGGAUGUCAAGUAUGUCAUCAAUUAUGACUUCCCUACCAACGUUGAAGAUUAUGUCCAUCGUGUCGGUCGUACUGGUCGUGGUGGAAAGACGGGUGAAUCCAUCACUUUCUUCACAACUGAUAAUGCCAAGCAAGCUAAGGAAUUGGUUUCCAUCUUGACUGAAGCUAAGCAAGAAAUAGACCCAAGACUACUAGACAUGGUUCGCAUGGGCGGUGGUGGUGGUAACCGCAAACGCUAUGGCGGCGGUGGCCCACGCGGCGGCGGCGGUAAUAGAUUUGGUGGGCGUGGAGGCGGUUACGGCGGCGGCGGUUAUGGAGGUGGUGGUGGUCAAGGCCGUUGGUAAAGAGCCUCUUUAGUGUUUUCCACGAAAUCCUAUGACUUCCAACCUCACUCCAAUUUGCCUUCAUUUUCUCUUAUAUGUCUGCUGUAAAUUCUUUUCCUCUUCACGCUUUCUUUAGACAUGCAGUAUUUUCUGAUUGCACACUCUCUUCUUAAUGCAUUUAACUUCUUAACCAUUACCCAGAAAUAAAAAAAUAAAAUUUCAAACAAUCUAUUUUUUACCCAGUUCA